AAAACGAACAGUCAAUUCUCAGCAAGCAAAAGCAAAAUCUGCCGUGAAGCAAAGAGAAAACGAAAGCGUAAGUUAAUCAUUCAAACGUACCGACAAGCUAACAUGCGCCACGAAUUUACGUCACCGUCUUCGGCGGCCGAUCGGCGGUUAAACGCUCUGAUCCGGCACCUUGCAACCGCAUCGAUCGAGUCUCGAACCGCCAUAGCAUUUUCUCCCACCUCCGGUUAUCAUGGAGACUCUGUUUUCUCUCACGUCGUUAGCGCCCCUGAAGAUCCCAUCCUCGGAGUAACUGUGGCAUACAACAAAGAUCCGAGCCCCGUUAAGUUGAAUUUAGGAGUUGGUGCUUAUCGAACCGAGGAAGGGAAGCCUCUUGUUCUUAAUGUAGUAAGAAAAGCAGAGCAAAUGUUGUUGAACGACAGAUCACGUGUUAAGGAAUAUCUUCCCAUUGUUGGAAUAGCAGAUUUUAAUAAACUAAGUGCUAAACUCAUUUUGGGUGCUGACAGCCCUACAAUUCAAGAGAAUCGAGUUACCACAGUUCAAUGUUUAUCCGGGACGGGUUCAUUGAGAGUUGGAGCUGAAUUUAUGGCUAGGCAUUAUCAUCAAAAAACCAUAUACAUUCCACAACCAACAUGGGGAAAUCACCCCAAGAUAUUUACUUUGGCAGGAUUAUCUGUGAAAACAUAUCGUUAUUAUGAUCCGACCACACGCGGAUUGAAUUUCAAGGGGUUAUUGGAGGACCUUAGUUCUGCCCCUUCUGGAUCGAUUGUGCUUCUUCAUGCUUGCGCUCAUAAUCCCACUGGUGUUGAUCCCACCCUUCAGCAAUGGGAGCAAAUAAGGCAGUUGAUGAGAUCAAAGGCAUUGUUACCUUUCUUUGACAGUGCUUAUCAGGGUUUUGCAAGCGGAAGUCUGGAUCAAGAUGCACAGUCUGUACGGAUGUUUGUCGCUGACGGUGGUGAAUGCUUUGUAGCUCAGAGUUACGCGAAGAACAUGGGCCUCUAUGGGGAACGUGUUGGUGCACUGAGUGUUGUUUGCAAGACAGCUGCCGUAGCAAGCAGGGUCGAGAGCCAGUUGAAGCUCGUUAUUCGACCAAUGUUUUCGAAUCCACCAAUUCAUGGUGCGUCCAUUGUGGCGACCAUCCUGAAGGACAGCAACAUGUUCCAUGAAUGGACCAUCGAGUUGAAGGCGAUGGCUGAUCGUAUCGUAAGCAUGCGCAAACAACUUUUCGACGCUUUGCGCACAAGAGGAACACCCGAUGACUGGAGUCAUAUCACCAAACAAAUUGGAAUGUUUACCUUCACCGGACUAAAUUCAAAGCAAGUAGAAUUUAUGACCAGAGAAUACCACAUCUACAUGACCUCCGAUGGGAGGAUUAGCAUGGCAGGUCUGAGCUCUAAGACAGUUCCUCAUCUGGCUGAUGCAAUUCAUGCUGCCGUUACUCGUAUGUCAUAGAAAUUGGGCACAGCAGAACACAGUUCAUAAUCAAUAAACGUUAGUGGGAAUCACAUCAAUGUAAUUGUUUUUUAACUUGUUAUUAUUCAAAAUUAUCUGUAGCCCUUAAACACUGGAAAGGCAGAAAUAAUGUUCAGUUCCAAUUGCUUGUAUUUUAUUGGUUGGAUCA